AACGAACUUCGGCUUCGGCCAUUGUAGUCAAAGAAAAUUCUGAAUUUUAUUAAGCCGUCCGCUUUCGUGUCACGUAGUGUCGGUGUCUUUUCAUUUUUAGAGCCAGUGUAUCAAAAAUCUACACUGUGGCUAAAGUGACACCAUAUCCGAGUAUGUCUUAUUCCGGAAGGAAUAAAUUUGAGAUAGCUAGAUUUUCUGGUGAAGAUGACAAUCAUAUCAACAGAAAACUGCCAAAAGAGUUGCUGCUCAGGAUACUAUCCUACCUGGACGUAGUCUCUCUCUGCCGCUGCGCUCAGGUAUCAAAAUUAUGGAACAUUCUUGCUUUAGACGGUUCCAACUGGCAGAGGAUAGAUUUAUUUGACUUCCAGAGAGAUGUAGAGGGUCCAGUGAUUGAAAACAUAUCACGAAGAUGUGGCGGCUUUCUCCGGCAGCUAUCAUUACGAGGAUGCGAAAGUAUUGCGGACGGCUCUAUGAAGACACUAGCACAGUCCUGUCCAAAUAUUGAAGACUUAAAUCUGAACAAAUGCAAAAAGUUGACAGAUCAGACUUGUCAAGCCUUGGGCAGAAGGUGUAGUAAAUUACAAAGAAUCAACCUUGAUUCCUGUCCAAGUAUAACAGAUAUAUCUUUAAAAGCACUUUCAGAUGGUUGUCCUCUGUUGACCCAUGUGAAUGUAUCAUGGUGUCAAUCUAUAACAGACAAUGGUGUGGAAGCUCUGGCCCGGGGCUGUCCCAAAUUAAAGAGCUUCAUUUGUAGAGGCUGCAAAAAUGUGAAUGACAAAGCUGUGUCGAGUCUGGCUACUCAUUGUCCUGAUUUAGAAGCUCUCAAUGUACAGGGCUGCGAUAAUUUAACUGACGAGUCGAUAUGCAAGCUUGGAGGUGCGAUGCGCCGGCUGUGCGUGUCGGGGUGCUCGCGGCUGACAGACAGCGCGCUGGCAGCACUCGCCGCGCGCUGCCCCAACCUCGCCACGCUCGAGCUGGCCCAGUGCACGCAGCUCACUGACGCCGGCUUCCAGGCGCUCGCCAGGAAUUGCAGAAUGCUAGAGCGUAUGGAUUUAGAAGAAUGUGUUCUUAUAACAGAUACAACUUUGGUACAUCUCUCAAUGGGAUGCCCGAGACUCGAGAAAUUGACGCUGUCCCACUGCGAGCUGAUAACUGACUAUGGAAUCAAACAGUUGUCAAUGUCACCGUGCGCGGCGGAACAUCUCACUGUAUUAGGUUUAGACAAUUGCCCCCUGGUGACAGACGGGGCGUUAGAGCAUUUAACUUCGUGUCAUAACUUGCAACUCAUCGAACUGUACGACUGUCAGAUGGUGACCAGGAAUGCUAUUAGGAAAUUGAGGAGCCACCUGCCCAAUAUAAAGGUGCACGCGUACUUCGCGCCAGUGACGCCCCCCGCGGCGGGUGGAGGCGCGCGUCCCCGCUACUGCCGCUGCUGCGCCAUCAUAUGAGACCCCUCCACCCCAGCACAGACCGCAUGCACUAUUUCCUUCAUGAUGUUCAUUACAAUUUGGGUGUGGUAACUUCUCACUUUAUCGAGGCUGGUCACUCACUGACAAGACAACAUCGAAGAAUGCCCGAAAAACUUUGAACAAGUUUUUAAACUAAUAACUUGACAAAAGGAAAAGGACGAAAACCAUUGAAGAUUGAUAAAUAUUUGAAGAAUUAUUACUCAUAAUAAAAUCUACAGAGGAAUUCAUACAUACAAUAUUCUGAAACCAUACAAAAUUAAUACGCAUUACCGUAAUACGCUUCAAUUCUUCUCUUGGCUAUAAAUAUCCUAAUCUAUAUUAAAAUAAGUAACUUGAAGAAAAAAAUGAAAAUGAGGGUAGUACAACAAAACUGGUAACAUGUAUGGAUAAUGGAUCUAUGUCUAUUUUUCUAUGAAAGGAUCUUAAGAGGAUGGUAUGAGCUAAUUUUAUAAAAUUAGUGAUGGUAUUCCAGAUAUCUGUUAGCUUAAAUAUUGGCGGAUCUAGGAUUCUGAGUUUGGGAGGAAUAGCCUCCUUUCUAGUGCGAUCAGAAUUAAAAAAAACACUAUUUUUCCAUACUUUUAAAAUCACAAAAUACUUAAAUUGUAGCUACGUAUUUUUCAAGAACGAUUUUUUUAAAUCUUCUUCAGGCUUGAACCUCCUAAGCCCUACCCUGGAUCCGCUAAUUGUCUAUUCUAAAUAAAAAAAAAUGUAGUGACUCUGCCACGUGGUAUGUUAUGUGUUCAUAUUAUUCUCUAGGUGUAACUUAUAUCUAAUCGUAUCUAACGAACUUUAAAUAAAAUUUAAAUAAAAAAAACACAAUAAUUCAUAAAAAUUCCGUCUCAUAUACAAUUAAAAAAAAGUAAUGAAAAAAAUACGCUUCAUUUAUCAGAAUAAGAAAUAGAUACUGAAUUGUUUUAUAAAAACAUUUAUUGACACCAUAUUUUUCUUUUAAAAAAGUUUUAACGACGUUUUGAAUUUUGUUUGGCUCUUAAAUUUAUGACCAAGUCAAGUUAAUUAUUUGCUGUGAUUUAAAAAAUCGGUUAU